GUCCUCUGCACGCUGUCCGCCUGUGUCUCGGAUGGACUGCCGUCCUCCCGCCGUUGUCUCUGUCCUACUGCGCUGCUUUUUGGUCUCGAGUGAGUAGUUGGUCGUCUGCGUCGUCCUAGAUGGUCUGCGUUUUCGAUUGCGCUUCGUCGGGGCGCCCCUCGGCGAUACCUACAAUACGCAUACAGCUGUCGUCCCGAACGGCACACGCGAGCACCGGCGGAUAGCGUUCGAUCCGCUCUCUCUGCGCGCGCACCUCCCUCCUCCGACCUGUCUCCCUGCACGCCCCGGCCCACAAAGCCCCCACCUAGGACACGGCGGAUUCGAUGGCUGCGCUCGCCGCGCACCUCCUCGUGCAAGCACGAAGCCGCCGCAUGCGUCCUUCGCCCGGAAUCUUGGGCUCAUUUCUCCCGUCUCCCGUCGUUCCCGCCACCGCAGUUCGUAUAGCCCCCACGUACGACCUGUACGGCACGAUAGAGGGCGAGCUGUUCUCGCAUAUGGUCGUUUCUCCGCAGAAAUCGAUGUACUCCCCGUCGCAGCAUCUAUAUCAACACCUCACAAAGCUUUGCACGUCCCCGCCAUGUCGCUCUGUCGCGCAGAAAGACACCCGCAGCGUGCAAUGGCGCUGGGCGGCCGCCACGCGCGAUGAACGGGCAGUGCUCGUGAGCGUCGCAGCGACCGUGCUCGUACAUGCCACGAAUCCUGCGUAGCGCGUCCUAGAUCAUGGAUAAGCAUGCGUCGGGCCCUCUCGAACGUUCCCGCGCCGUCCGUAUCGGCGUCGCACGUCCGCCUCGCCUCGUACGCCGCCGCGCCCGAAGCCCCUCUCCAGUACAAGAACCCCAACUCGCGGCCUAACGCUUCGCCCAAAGCCGCUCACCACGCGUCUACACGUCCCUUGUACUACGACGCACACACGC